AUGCAGAGCUAUGCUACUGACUACAGCGCAGCUUUGGGCAGGAAAUCGCUUUUGAACAACGUUGCCUCCUCGUCCCGGUUUGCCUCAGCAUGGAGUCCUGUUAACUGGGUCAGAGAGAAGCUGGCCCCUGGCGUGAACGAGAAGGCGUCCGAGAAGGAGGUCGCUGCAGCCAAACAGGCUGCUCGUGCUCAAGGGACCACCAGUGUUUUCGAAACGCUGCCGCAAGCUAUCACGAAGAAAGCAGAAGUGGUGGUGAAAGAGAAACAGAAGGAGCGGGCCGCCUUUCACAAAUACUCGACCGCCAACUUCAAGAUCUCCCAUAGGAAACUAAACAUGCUUGCCAACCAAAUUUCUUCCAAGCCUAUCGACUAUGCCAUCUUGCAAAUGCAAUUCAGCGAAAAGAGAGCUGGUAGGCGGAUAAUGAACAUGCUUUGCACGGCCAAGGACCAUGCCAUUCGUUACAAGAAGUUGGACCCCUCGCGCUUGGUUGUCUCUCAGGCAUGGGUGACCAAGGGCCCACGACCACCGAAACAAGUGGAACCCAGAGGUCGGGGUCACUAUGGUAUUCGUAUCAAGAACAACGCCAAGAUGACUGUUGUCCUGUCGUACGGCAAGUCAAUCGAAGAAAAGAAGGCCGAAGAGUUCAAGAAAAAGCUCAAGAAGGCCGUUUCUCCUCAUAUGCAUCUCAGAGAGGACAUCCCCUUGCGCAACCCCUCUCGAGGGUGGACCUGGUAG